AUGUCCUUACCUCUUAUCUCGGAUACCGAGGAAUCUAACACGACACCAUCGUCUGCAUCAACUACAUCAACUAUAAAAACAAUUCUGAGUUUGCGUACUGCAAAAUAUGUGAACGUAACCUUACCGGAACUCGACAAAAUCCCUAUCCCUAUAGCCGUAAGGGGGUAA